AUGCAUCUCGAUCCACCCGAACUCUUUCUCGAGACCUUUCUGCGCUGCGCCCAUCAAUCCGACCCCACCCACCACACCUCUUCCUUGACCACGACUACACCUAGCCCUAGCACUUACUUCAAUCAACCCUUCUACGGUCCCAGUCUCUCGCUCCUCCAAGGUCACAUCACCGUUCACAACAACAUCUUUACCACCUCGGCUAAACCCAUUCACUCGGACGAAGACAAGGCAGAGGAGUAUUCUGAGCCUGAGUUGCCCGUCCCCAAUUGGCAAAAGUACUAUAUCAAAGUCCUUCCCAUUCUUCAGUCGUCCGGCUUUGGCAAGACUCGGAUGUGUGUGCAACUGAGCACCAUCAGUCCUGGUAUGCUCAUUUGCCUUCGCCACAAGACACAAGCUGACGACAAACAACACCAAGAGUCCUUUCCGCCCCAAGACUCGCUCGUCUUUGAGUACUUUCAGCGCUGCAGGGAUCGUAUCUUCAACGCCGAGUUCCCAACGACCCCGGAAGAUCAUGAGCGCUUCAACCAAGCCCAUCUAGGCGUACUCGCCUGGCUUGCUAUAUAUUGCAAAACCAUCGCUUUCUACCUCGAGCAGCUCAAACGAAACGCCCAUGAUUGCUUCGGCACCCCUCGCCGAUGCGAUUCCGAUCCACGCCUAUGCUGGCAGACUAUUGUCUAUCAACUCGCCGUGGCUAUUCACUCGCCCUCUUCCGGAUUCCUUCCCAACAAGCUUUUCGAACAGCCUCAAACGUGUCCUCGCAUCCCUCUUGUACAAGAUCUUUCGGAUUCGCUUAGCAGCAACGACGCCACCACUACCUCCACUCCCACAGAGCAACCAACAAACCGAACAAAGGCCGAGCUGUACGCACAAAUGCAAACUCCACCGCAGCUCUUCGGCACUCGCAGGCUACGCAGUGUCAUGCUCGAAUACAUUUGCAAGUCCGCCACCGAACUGGACCAAGAAAUGUGCAUACAGCUCGCAGCGUGUCUCAAAGAGCCCGAACUCCUCGUCACGGCAAUAGAAGAGUAUCUCAAGCCGCAUCUUGACCGACUUGAGCAAUCGGCGCCGGACAAGACGGCGCAGUCUUUCUCCUUCAUCGCAUUGGAUGAGUGCGGUUCCAUGCCCGAUCUCCUUCAGAUCAUACGUCGAGUCUGGUUCCAUGCCUUACCCAUGUCGACGUGGAUUCUUCUCAUUGAUGCCGACCCCUGUCUGGUGCCGCUUGCCGAGGACACCUCUCACAAAAGCUCGCGACGCACCUCCAGUGGCAGCAGGCAUCGCGUCACCCAACCUUUCUCGUUCAUGCCCCUUGAUGUCAACUUUUCCGAGCAACAACGCCAAAACCUCUUUGCUGACGUCCCAACCUUAACACUCCGGAAGCUCAAUCAGCUGCUUCCGACGCUUGGUAGGCCCUUGUGGUAUAACAAGCUUUAUCACAGCGAGCAGGGCGUAAUCUAUCCGCGCGCCAUCAUCGACAAGCUCCUCUACCCUGCCGGGUGGCAAUGGAAUUUCCGUCCAUUUUGGAUGCAUCACGACGCAAUCAAUCAAAACCUCUUGGCAUUGGUCUCGCAGCGCAUCUAUCUCGAGGUCUCCAGUCGAUCCGCUCCCAAGUCAUGGUAUGGAUUUAUUCAGAAUCAGAUUGGACAGCAUCUACGCUUCAUAGGCCGUAUCUACUCCGCCUCCGACUCCAUCAUCACCAACACACCGAGCGAGCCACCUCUCAGCGCCGCUGCUGCCUGGUUCUUUCGCGGUGAACCCAAGGACACACAUCUCAAGUGGGGAAAGGUAAUCGAGGCCCUCGUCCAUGCCAAUGAGCCUGUCGGCUUCAACCUCGGCACCAAGGGCGAGCACGGCGUUGCUGUGCUCUGCACCAUGGCUAUUGAUGUCGCCGCCUCGCAACUCUACUCGGACGUUUUGAAGCAAUCUCUUUCGCCCUCUGCCAACACCUCGAGCAUCUAUGCUGCUGUCUUUGGCCUUGUCCCGGUCCGUAGAUGGCUCAGAUGGCUCAUCGGAGGUCGAAUACAUCAUGCUGCCUUUUCGUUCCCUCCGCCAACGACUCACGUCGGCUCUGGCGAGGAUGGCGGUCACGUCGGCUCUGGCGAGGAUGGCGGUCACGUCGGCGAUGCGAUGGAGGAGGACUCUGUUGCAUCAUCCAGCGCGGACUUGGAGUCUGAAUCGAUGAGUCCGAACUCUGCCUUUGCCGCAGCAGGCACGAUGGAUGAGACAUCUGCACUGUGGCGCUGGGCCGGCCGCGCCUGGCUCAACUUCAAGCAUAUUGUUCCAUCGGAAGAUCAAGUGAAUGCGCAGAAAGUCUUGGACGCAGAAGAGCUCGUCCAGCUCUGGUUCCGACAGGCUGCGGCACAAUGCAUCACAAACCAAUCUGGUUGGGACUUCCUCAUUCCCGUCUACGAAUCGAACACCAACGAAGCGCCCAGCGAUGCCGAGAUGUUCGACAAGGCGAAGCUGUCGUACAUUGCCAUUCAGGUCAAGAAUUGCAUCAAGCGGCCAAGCAAGGCGGUGAGGGAUGGCGAGGUGGGGCCUCGUUUGGCGAUGGCCGAAGGGAAGCAAAAGGAAUGCCUCGAGCUGUUCUUUGACCUCAAAGGGCAUCACGAUCACCAGCAAGGUCACAUGUACUCGCAGCGACGGCACCCGCAACCAAAGACGGACACACCUCUAACGCAAGCAGACCAGCGAGCACGUCAGCUGCUGCGUCACCACCUCUACAUCGCGGGGCAAGACAGCGCAACAUUUCCGCAGCUCAAUUGGCUCCUCAGUCCGGCCAAGGAGCAGGUGGCAUUGCUCUUUGGCGGUGCUGACUCGGUUGAGACGGUUGAUUUCGACCAGAUGCAGGCGAGAUAUGUGCGCGACCAGAAGAGUCAGAGCGAACAAGAUGCAUGGGACGAGGCACAGGCGCAGAUGCAUGGCGUGCUUGUUAGUAUGGUACCAAAAGUGUUGAAACGCGUGUGA